AUGGCCGAAGCCCCAUUGGCAACAGCUGGGGACGAUGACCAGCUUGACGAGAAGGCUUUAGCGGCGCUCAUCAAGGCGACGGGAGGCAGAAGAGGUUCCACCGGACAGAAGAAGCAGAUCUGCGCCGAUUGUGGUGGCGUGAUCACCACCCUCCUGCUCUCUGGCGGUGAGUAUGCUGAUGGGUGCGAUACAUGUUGGAAAGCCAAUGGCUACGAGGGCGACCCGCCGUGCAACCUCAAGAAGUCACAGUUUCAGCAGAAAGCACAGAAGCAGAU